ACUUUGGGGACACCAUGGUCCACCAGGCCAUCCACACCAUUGAGUACUGCCUGGGUUGCAUCUCCAACACCGCAUCCUACCUGCGGCUCUGGGCCCUCAGCCUCGCUCAUGCACAGCUGUCUGAGGUGCUUUGGACCAUGGUGAUCCACAUUGGCUUGAGUGUGAAGAGCUUGGCGGGAAGUUUGGCCCUGUUCUUCAUCUUCGCCGCCUUUGCCACCCUGACUGUGGCCAUCCUGCUGAUCAUGGAGGGCCUCUCGGCCUUCCUCCACGCACUGCGGUUGCACUG